AUGAAGAAGAAUGCGGCAGAUAAAGCGCGGAUCCAUACGGGCAAAAAGGUGAUCGGAGUCACGAUUAAUAAAGACAAUAUUGAAGUUUUCUGUGGAGAUGGGACUACGUUUUGUGGAUCCGUGGUUAUCGGGGCGGAUGGCGUCCACAGCAAGGUCCGCCAGAGCAUGCGUAAUCUCGCCAUCGAAUGUUCUGAACGGAAGUUCAACGUGGAGAAGCCAUACCUGUCCGAGUACAAGGUCCUCUGGUGUACCUUUCCCCGGCAGCCAUGCAACGAACCAGGCGAUACCGUCGAGAUCCAUGGCAGAGAUGUCUCACUCCAAUGCAUCAACAGCCAGAAGAGGUCUUGGCUAUUCAUCUACGAGAAGCUGGCCGCGCCGACAAGAGAUUGUGUCUCUUACUCGCAGCAAGACGUUGAGGAGUUCGCAACCCGGCAUGGCGAGCUCGCAGUCUGCGAGCAUCUCAAGGUCAAGGACGUGUUCCCCAAGUGCCACACGGCAGGAAUGAGCAACCUCGAAGAAGGCAUCGUGGAGCACUGGAGCUGGGGCCGGAUGGUGCUCGUCGGGGAUGCGUGCCACAAGUUCACCCCGAAUCAGGGUCUAGGGUACAACAACGGCAUACAAGACCUGGUUGCACUCGUCAACGAGCUCAAUAGGACCCUGUCGGAUGAGCAUCGGUCUGGCGGCGCGGCCCUGUCUCUUGACUCCCUGACCCGUGUUUUCAGUCGAUACCAGGCUGCUCGUAUGGAGCUUCUCCAGAACGAUAUGAAGUCAUCGGCUUCCUGGACGCGCAUGUCGGCCUGGCGGAAUUGCAUCCUGCAUCUCCUGGACCGGUACGUGCUGCCCGCGGUACCCAAGAUGGAUGAGUUCGCAAUCACGCAUAUGGUUUCGGGGCCUGUUAGCAGGAUGCUUGUUCUGGAUUUCAUCGAGAGUGAAGAGCCAUUCCGAGGCACAGUCGGUUGGAAACAUUCAAUGAAAGUCCCGAAGCCAACUAAGGAAGAAAUAUCUGUAUCUUCAUGGGACUCGAGCUGA